AUGUGCUCCAAACGGAAGACGUGUCAUGGAGGACCAUCUCAACAAGAGCAAGGCAGUCCUGCAAUUGCUAAUGAAGUGUUUGUCAUUGAUGAGGAGGUUUCCCAUCUUACUAGGCUUAAAUCAGAGCCAAGUGAGAGAACUCGUGCAUGCCUUCAUGCUGGCAAGAGCCAUAUCUCUACAUUCAAGCUGUUGUCAUCAAGAGAAUCCAAUCGCUCAGGAUUUGGUAGAUUCUCUUCAGCCGAUUGCUCUUAUGCUCUUCGCAAACACCUACCAGUAAGAGGCCCGUGGUGCGUUGAUAGCAUGGACUGCGCAGCAUACAUCUCACAAUUCUCUUCGGAUGGUUCUCUACUAAUUGCUGGGUUUCGGGGAGGCCGUAUCAGAAUCUAUAACGCUGACAAAAAAUGGAAGAUCCACAAGGAUAUAAACUGCAAAAGUCUGCGGUGGACAGUAUCAGAUAUUGCUCUCUCACCUGAUCAACAAUACCUAGCAUAUUCCAGUCUGACCCCUACUGUUCACAUAGUAAAUGUUCAGAAUGCUCUGAAGCAGUCACAUGCUAAUAUUAAAGACAUUCAUGAGGGUUUGAAUUUUUCUGCUGCUGACGAUGAAUCCUCCUUUGGAAUAUUUUCAAUAAAGUUUUCAAAAGAUGGCCAUGAACUUGUUGUUGGAAACAGCAAUGAGUCAAUAUGUAUUUAUGAUCUUGGAGCAAACAAAGUGACAGAGCGCAUUCAUGCUCAUGUGGCUGAUGUUAAUGCGGUCACGUUCGCUGAUGAAUCUAGUGAUGUCUUGUACUCCGGAAGUGAUGAUAGCCUCUGUAAGGUGUGGGAUAGGCGCUGCCACAAGAGCGCGAAACCAGUAGGUGUUUUGGCAGGUCAUUUAGAUGGAGUUACAUUUAUUGAUAGCCGUGGAGACGGGCAUUAUUUCAUCUCCAACUGCAAGGACCAGACUAUUAAACUAUGGGAUAUCAGAAAAUUGUCCUCGGCUACGAAGGACUGCACACCGAAAGCAUACGAAUGGGAUUACAGAUGGAUGACCUAUCCAUCAGAAGCCCGAUUUUUGAAGCAUUCAUAUGAUCAAUCGCUAGCCACAUUCAGAGGCCAUUCGGUGUUGCGCACACUUAUCCGUUGUUACUUUUCCCCAAUGCACAGCACAGGUCAGAGGUACAUAUACACAGGAUCCAGUGACCAAUGUGUCUAUAUUUACGAUGUGGCCACUGGAAACGUUGUCGAAACACUCAAAUGGCAUGAAUCGAUCGUCAGAGAUUGUUCCUGGCACCCGCACCUCCCGACGCUCGUUAGCUCUUCGUGGGACGGCUAUCUGGUAAGGUGGGAAGCAACGGAGGAUGACGACGACCCAACGACCCUCAAUAAAGGGAAACAGAAGAUGUGUCCAGAGGGAUACACAUUCACGCUGUAG